AGGGGGGAUGAAACUUUAAUUUUAUCGAAAAUCGUAAAUAUUUGAUAAAACAGAAAAAAAGACGUGAAGCAUUUAACGUGUUCAAGAUGAAUCGACACCAGAGAAAUAAGGUUCCUCCUAAACAUAAAAGCAGAGCAUUGCCUCCGAGGAAAGCUAAAAACGUAAGUAAGUUAUGUGUUAAACCAGAAGCUUUCGGUCUGACUGCUUUUUAUCAAGCUGCGGACUUAAAAGCUGAACCAGGUGACAUAGUUGAAAUUGAUCGUACGCUCUAUGCACACUGGGCGAUUUAUAUUGGGGAAGGAAACGUAAUUCAUGUUUGUGGACUGAACAACGAAGAUAUUGCUACGGAUACCGCUGUUGUUAGGGUAGCAAAGCUAAGUGAUGUUGCUGGAUUAAGUGGUGUCAGAAUUAAUAAUAAAGACGUUCCAGCUAAAGAGCGUAACCUGAAGGCGUUACCACCAAAGCAAGUGAUAGCGAAUGCAUUAGCGUGUUUGAAUAAAUCUGUGGAAUACAACUUGUUAACACGAAGCUGCGAACAUUAUGUUACAGAAUGGAAAUAUGGAGAAGGUUGGAGUGAUCAGGCCUCUGUUGCAGUGAGUGUAAUGAAGACACUUACUAACGAUUACGAAGCGGGCCAUAGCCACCUCGUCAACAGCCUGAAUACAGUUCUGAACUCCCCAGUUUCUCCGAGCCCCAAAUCAACACCUACCACUCAAACUUCUGCCCCAGAUUUUACCCGAUGAACAACAAAAAGAUAUUGGACUGUGGAACGUGCAUCUCGUUUAUAAAUUAUAUUGCGUUAAAUUUGUGAUAGUCGGUGAAAUAUUGACCAGCAUACUUUAAUGUCGCCAGUUUUUGAGUCAUUACCUAAUACGAUGUUUAAAAAGAAACAUUUGAUCUGUUUUUUGUACACGUUGUUUUUAUUUGGUUGAUAUCAGCACAACUUUUUAUAUUGUCGUUUUUAAUUUGUUAAUGCGAUGAUACGAAAGUAUAAGGCUUAGUUAUGAUGGAAAUUGGAAUUGGGAGAUUUUAAAAAUAAUGACUCGUGAAAGUAAGACGAAGUUAUUUAUGUGUGUUUUUGUCGUAAGGUUUUGUUGAUCGUUAAAUAAAGAACAGAGGUUUUAAGGGUGGCGCUCGACAAUGGUAGCGACCUAAAUAUAUGAAUAUUAAAAAAUAAAAUGUUUUUUAACUAAUUCACCCUUAAUUCUUAACAUUCGUAUUACAAUGAUAUUUAUAUUAUUGGAUUUUUAAUAACAUUUUCAGUUCUGAUCUAGAGGUCAGAGGGAAUAUUUCUAAAGAUAUUAUACUGGAAAAAAUUGUCGACUAAAAAAUCUGGAUUUGAUACAAAUAACAAUUGCACUAGAAAAAUGAAUGUGAGAAAGCAACAAUAAAGAUGUCAUUUGGAAAAGUAUUAAUAUUAAUUAUUUAGUUGAAAAGAUGGCGUUGUGAUAGCAUAAAAAAUCAGUAUUGUUGUUUCUUGGUCCCUUGUUCUUAUAAUUGCUCGGCGUAGUUCAUGAUGUGCCAAUUUUACCCCCUUUUUUUUCAUAAACUAUAAUAAUCGUACGUUUUGAUGAAGGGAAUAAAAUUUUUCAUAUAAUAGCUAAAUAUAUUUCGUGACGCGCAAAAGAAAUUGUAUCAGAAAGUGUUAGUGGAAUAAAAAUAUGUUGUUAAAGCUGUUUAAAAAUUAAAUUAAUAAAAAUAUGUUUCGUGCAAUGACGUAUUCCUCACGUGGCUUUGCCAUUGUACAUAUUUUAAUUCAUUGUACCGUAUGUAGUUUCACAUUUGUCGGCUCCUAAAGCUUCCAUUUUAGAGAAGCUUGUCAUGUAUGUCUUUUUAUUAAAAUAAUUUCUAUUCAAA